AUGCUAUGCUCGCCCCAAUUGCCUUGUCCCACAUAUUCCAACAGGGCCAGUCUGGCUCCUUCCACCACUACCUACCUGAGCAAUGACAGCAGCACAUGGGAUUGGAAGCGGUUUUCAGCCGGUCAAGUCGAUGUCGAGGCUCAACAAUACCCGCGCAUGAGCUUUGCGUCGAUCCGAUAUGCCAUCCUCACCAUCUACCGCCGGCUCUUUACGUUGGUGUACUGCGCCAAUGCCGUGGCCUUUGUGAUUAUCAUGGUUGAAAGCCGGCAAAAGUUGCUGGCCUUUGUCAAUGCCGCCAGUGUCAAUCUGUUUAUCUGUGGUCUGGCCCGUCAUCCAAUGGUGGUGAACUGCAUUUUCUGGACCAUCUGCCGUAUCCCGCGAUCGGCGCCCCUCGUGCUGCGCAGGAGGGCUGCCAAAGCAUACCAUUAUGGCGGAGUCCAUAGCGGAUGCGGCGUGGCCUCCUUUUUAUGGUAUACGGGGCUGGUGGCGCUGAUCUCGCGCGAGUAUUGGGUGAAGCAUAACUCGGCCCUGAUUUCCAUCCCCGUGAUUGUCCUCGCCUAUGUUUUACUGGUCGAUCUCGUGGCUGUCAUUGUCGUGGCAUAUCCGGCCCUGCGCACAAAACGACAUGACUAUUUCGAGUUCGCUCACCGGUUCUGUGCUUGGGCCGCCGUGGCUCUGUUCCUGACCCUGUUGAUGGUCUUUUCAAGCCAAGCCAGCCACGCCCAGGGCAUGUCUCUUGGCCUCUACCUAGUCGAGCUCCCCGCAUUCUGGUUUGUGCUGGGGAUCAUCGCCUCGAUUGUCCACCCCUGGCUGCUGCUCCGUCGCGUGCAGGUGUGGCCCGAGUUUCUCUCCUCACAUGCUAUCCGCCUCCACCUCAGCCACGCGCCCACUGCAUUUGGCAAAGUCAUCGGGCUGUCCAAGCAUCCGCUGCGAGACUGGCACAGCUUCGCCACGUUCCCGGAUCCCGACGGCAAGAGCUUCUCAUGUCUUGUCUCCAAGGCAGGCGACUGGACUACACGAUGCAUCGAUCAAAAGCCCACGCAGCUCUGGAAGCGCGGCGUGCUCAUGUACGGUUGUAUUCAUGUAAUGCGGGUAUUCCGCCGAGUGGUCGUGGUAACCACUGGGUCCGGCAUCGGGCCCUGUCUGUCAUUUCUCAGUGAGCCAGAUCGGCCUCCCCUGCGAGUAGUGUGGCAAACACGGAACCCUCAUAAGACCUACGGCUCGGAUGUUGUCGGGCUGGUGCAGCAACUCGACCCCAACCCCCUCCUUCUGGACACCACCACCACGGGACGAGUGGAUAUGGUGCCAAUUGUACAGGAGCUUAUCCGCGAAUUCGACGCUGAAGCGGUGUGUGUGAUUAGCAACCCUCGGCUUACAAAAAGAAUUGUGUUUGAGCUCGAAGUCCGCGGGGUGCCGGCCUUUGGGCCGAUCUUCGACUCAUAG